AUGUCACUCUCCACUCAUAGAAGUCAGCUCCCCAUGCUGAAUCUCCCCGACAGUACGCGGAACAACAUCAUCGCCGUUAUUGGGGAAUUCGUGGGAACCUUUCUGUUUUUGUUCUUUUCCUUUGCUGGGACGCAGAUCUCUAAUACGCCAAAACCCCCUGAUGGCGCCAAUCCGAAUACGUCCAACCUUCUCUAUGCAUCCCUCAGUUUUGGAUUCUCAUUGACAGUCAAUGUGUGGGCGUUUUACAGGGUCACAGGAGGCCUGUUCAAUCCUUCGGUCACGCUUGCUCUUUUCCUCGUUGGAGGACUUCCCGCUGUCCGGAGUGUAUUAGUCUUUGCUUCCCAACUUGUGGGUGGAAUCGCGGCAGCUGGAGUGGUGUCAGCACUUUUUCCAGGCGCCCUCAAUGUCGGGACCAGGUUGGGUGGAGGUGCAUCUAUAUCCCAAGGCUUGUUUAUCGAAGUGUUCUUGACGGCGCAGCUUGUCUUCGUUAUCAUUAUGCUAGCUGCCGUGAAGCACAAGUCCACGUUCCUGGCCCCAGUAGGAAUUGGCCUGACCUUCUUCGUCACCGAGAUGAUUGGAAUCUACUACACUGGUGGUUCCCUCAACCCUGCGAGGUCUCUCGGACCAGAUGUGAUAAACAGGCAGUUUCCCGGAUACCAUUGGAUCUACUGGGUUGGUCCUCUGCUUGGCUCACUGCUGGCAUCCGGAUUUUUCGCUCUGCUGAAGCAAUUGCGCUACCAGACCUGUAACCCUGGUCAGGAUUACAAUGAACUGGAGGCCCAGCUACAGUCAGGAAACCUAGACCGGGCGAUAUCCCCUCAAGGAAGGAAGGGACAUACGAGAGGUCUAUCGGAUGAUACAGUCACUCCUGAGCAUGAAUUGCCGCCGGGUUCCCCUCAAUCAAGAUCUGUAGUUUAG